AUGGACAUCUUUAUCGACAACAAGGGCGGUCAGUACCUUGAGUACAACAUCAUCGGUGGUGUUCUUGAUUUCUACUUCAUUGCAGGCCCCUCUCCUCGCGAUGUGGCCAUGCAGUACGCAGAAAUCACCCAGCUCCCAUUGAUGACCCCUUACUGGGGACUCGGAUACCACCAGUGUAAAUAUGGCUACCAGGAUGUUUACGAGGUCGCCGCGGUCACCGCCAACUAUUCCACCAACAACAUUCCUCUGGAGACCAUUUGGACAGACAUUGAUUACAUGGAUCGCCGACGAAUUUUCACCAUUGACCCUGAAAGAUUCCCAGCCAAUUUGUACAAAGACCUGGUGGACACUAUCCACGCCAGGGAUCAGCACUACAUCGUCAUGGUUGAUCCCGCCGUCUUCUACAAGGAGUCCAACCCGGCGCUCGAUGCAGGUCUCAAAUACGGCACUUUCAUGAAAGAGAAGAAUGGCUCCGAAUACCAGGGAGUCGUUUGGGCCGGUCCCAGCUACUUCCCCGACUGGUUCCACCCCGAUGCACAGAAGUACUGGACCGAGCAGUUCGUGGAGUUCUUCGACGGCACGAAUGGCCCCGACAUCGAUGCUCUUUGGAUUGAUAUGAACGAACCGGCAAACUUCUUCAACCGCCCAUACCCAGGCAACAACACCACCCCAGAGAAGUUUGCAGAGGUGGAUGGUGACCCUCCCCAGGCACCCCCAGUCCGUGAUGGCCCAGAUGCCCCGAUUCCUGGAUUCCCAGACAGUCUGCAGCCGAACUUUGCUUCAGGCAACGACGAGAAGCGUGCAGAUGCUGUCGUUCAGAAGCGUCAACCACAAUCUCAUUCCCGUCGCAACCUCGGUGCUGGCCAUUGGCGCUCCGCCAGGUCGACCGAGACCUCUUCCAAGGCCGGCUGGCAGAAUGGUGGAAAGACUGGCUCUGGAUGUGGACCCGAUGAGUGCAAGGGUCUUCCCAAUCGCACUUUCAUUCGCCCUCCUUUCAUGAUUCAGAACGGCGCUGGGCCCACCCUUGCUGAUAGCACUGCUGACACCGACCUGGUGCAGAGUGGUGGAUACGUUCAAUACGACACUCACAAUCUCUACGGUGCUAUGAUGUCUUCGCAUUCACACAACGCCAUGCGUGCCAGACGUCCGGAUGACCGCGCUUUGGUCAUCACGAGAAGCACAUUCGCCGGCUCCGGCAAGGAUGUGUCUCACUGGCUUGGAGAUAACAUUUCUGGAUGGCUCUGGUACCGUCUUUCCAUCAGUCAGAUUCUUCAAUUUGCAUCUCUGUACCAAGUUCCUGUCGUUGGUCCUGAUGUUUGCGGUUUCGGCGGCAAUGUCACCGAGACACUCUGUGCUAGAUGGGCAUCUCUCGGCUCCUUCUACACUUUCUUCCGCAACCACGCCGAGAUCUCCGCGACUCCCCAAGAGUUCUACCGCUGGCCAACAGUCGCUGAGGCUGCCCGCAAGGGCAUUGCCAUCAGAUAUCAACUUCUCGACUAUAUCUACACAGCCAUCUACAAGCAGAACCAGACCGGCACCCCAUCCCUCAACCCUCUGUUCUUCAACUACCCCAACGACCCUAACACUUACCCCAUCGAUCUUCAAUUCUUCUACGGUGAUGGUAUCCUGGUCAGCCCCGUCACAGAGGAGAACAGCACAAGUCUGAGCUACUACCUCCCCGACGACAUCUUCUACGAGUGGGGCACCGGCAAGCCCGUCCGCGGACAUGGCGAGUACGUCUCUGCCGAGGUCGACUACACCGACAUCACAGUCCACUACAAGGGAGGCAUCGUUUAUCCCCAGCGUAUCGAGAGCGCCAACACCACUACCGCCCUGCGCAAGAAGGGCUUCAACAUUGUUAUUGCGCCUGGUCUUGAUGGCCAUGCUGAGGGCUCGCUUUACCUCGAUGAUGGCAAGUCGGCUGUGCAGGAUGCUGUUUCUGAAAUUGAUUUCAGUUACGCUCAUGGCAAACUCAGUAUGACUGGCUCGUUUGAAUAUGAUGCUGGUGUUUCUAUUGAGUCUGUUACUGUUCUUGGUGUUGGGAAGAAGCCGAAGGGACUCCGUGAUACUGAUUACGAUGCUGAGAAUAAGAAGCUGGUGGUUCAUGUUGAUGUGCCACUCAAGGGUCGGGCAUCGAUUAAGGUUGCAUGA